ACUGGGGCGCAAUGCCUUGUGGGAAAAGUAGUGUUUUAUGCGCCAUACAAUUAAAAACAACAUGGACGCCCACGAGAGAAGCACACACACUUCGGACUCAGAAGAGGACAGCGGCUCGGAGAACGACUUUGACACUUCACAACUAGGAACGAAGGAAUAUUGGGACGAUGCAUACCAAAGGGAACUGGAAACAUUCAAGGACAUCGGUGACGUUGGUGAGAUAUGGUUUGGUGAGGAAAGCAUGAGCCGUGUGCUAAAAUGGAUGGGCACCGCGAAAGUUCCAGAAGAUUCUGCCAUUCUUGACAUUGGCACAGGAAAUGGAGCCUUUUUGGUCGAACUGGCUAAACACGGAUUCAGGAAUUUAACAGGAAUAGAUUAUUCCACAGCUUCUGUACAGCUGGCAAAAAGUGUUCUGCAAGCAGAGAACCUAACACAUGUCAAAGUUGAGGAGGUGGACUUCUGUCAAGGGCAGCUGAAGGGUUUCGACGUCUGCAUCGACAAAGGAACGUUUGACGCCAUUAGCCUAAGCCCUGACCACAGCAGUGAGGUCAAAAAACGUUAUGUGCGAGCUUUAAAAGACGCUCUGAAGGACCAGGGUCUCUUCUCCAUCACGUCCUGUAACUGGACUAAAGAACAGCUGCUUGAGCGUUUCGCUGAAGGAUUUGAACUUGUGCAAGAGUUACCCACACCCACUUUCCAGUUUGGAGGCAAGAAGGGCAACAGUGUGACUGCAUUAAUAUUUAAACGAGUACAUUAAUGUGUCUGUUUUUGAUUUUUCAAUAAAUGAAUCAUUUUUUCUAUUAAGAGUGCA